AAUAUAUUCACUUUUACAGCUAUCUAUCCUUCAUUAGAUACAUAGCUAUGUCUGCGAGAGCUCAUCCUACGGACGGUGAUCUAAAUCCGGCAACGGACGGUGGAGAUCUUCCGAUCAAAUCGUUGCCUCACCGGCAUAAAGUUGGUGUCCCACCAAAGCAAAACAUGUUCCAAGAUUUCAUGUACACGUUCAAAGAAACUUUCUUCCACGAUGAUCCUCUCAGACAGUUUAAGGAUCAGCCUAAGUCCAAGAAGUUCAUGCUCGGUCUCCAAUCUGUCUUCCCGGUUUUCGAUUGGGGACGUAACUAUAAUCUCAAGAAGUUUCGUGGUGAUCUCAUUGCCGGUUUAACCAUUGCUAGUCUAUGUAUUCCUCAGGAUAUUGGAUAUGCUAAGCUUGCAAAUCUGGAUCCUAAAUACGGUUUAUAUUCAAGUUUUGUUCCACCGUUGGUGUAUGCAUGUAUGGGGAGUUCUAGGGAUAUAGCAAUAGGACCUGUUGCUGUGGUUUCUCUGCUGCUAGGUACUUUGCUUCGAGCUGAGAUUGAUCCUAACACAAAUCCUGAUGAGUAUCUCCGACUUGCCUUCACCGCCACGUUUUUUGCUGGUGUCACUGAAGCAGCCCUUGGCUUCUUCAGAUUAGGGUUCUUGAUUGAUUUCCUUUCCCAUGCGGCUGUGGUUGGGUUCAUGGGUGGUGCAGCCAUUACAAUCGCUCUUCAGCAACUCAAAGGUUUCUUAGGGAUCAAGACAUUCACCAAGAAAACCGAUAUCAUCGCUGUUCUAGAUUCAGUCUUCAGCUCAGCUCAUCAUGGCUGGAAUUGGCAGACUAUACUCAUUGGUGCAUCCUUCUUGACCUUCCUUCUCAUAUCUAAGUUCAUUGGCAAAAAGAGCAAAAGACUGUUCUGGAUUCCAGCAAUUGCGCCAUUGAUAUCAGUUAUCAUUUCCACCUUCUUUGUCUACAUAACCAGAGCAGACAAACAAGGAGUCCAAAUUGUGAAACACCUUGACAAAGGCAUAAACCCUUCCUCUUUUAAUCAAAUAUACUUUUCUGGCCAUUACCUUGCUAAGGGCAUUCGUAUUGGUGUAGUAGCUGGAAUGGUCGCAUUAACGGAAGCUGUGGCCAUUGGAAGAACGUUUGCUGCAAUGAAAGACUAUCAAAUAGAUGGUAACAAAGAGAUGGUAGCACUAGGUGUUAUGAACGUUGUUGGCUCAAUGUCUUCUUGCUACGUAGCCACCGGAUCGUUCUCAAGAUCAGCUGUAAACUUCAUGGCUGGAUGUCAAACUGCGGUUUCAAACAUCAUAAUGUCAAUAGUCGUUCUCUUGACAUUGCUCUUCCUCACUCCUCUCUUUAAGUACACACCAAACGCCAUCCUCGCAGCUAUUAUCAUCAAUGCGGUGAUUCCUUUGAUUGAUAUCCAAGCUGCGAUAUUGAUCUUCAAGGUCGAUAAGCUUGACUUUGUGGCGUGUAUGGGAGCGUUCUUUGGCGUCAUCUUUGUUUCCGUUGAGAUAGGGCUUCUCAUUGCCGUCUCUAUAUCAUUUGCGAAGAUUCUCUUGCAAGUAACAAGACCUAGAACAGCGGUUCUUGGAAACAUUCCGAGAACUUCCGUUUAUAGAAACAUCCAACAGUAUCCUGAAGCCACUAUGGUUCCAGGGGUUCUUACAAUUCGUGUUGACUCCGCGAUUUACUUCUCAAAUUCAAAUUACGUCAGAGAAAGGAUCCAAAGAUGGUUACUAGAGGAAGAAGAGAAGGUGAAAGCAGCAGGCCUACCAAGGAUCCAGUUUCUAAUCAUCGAAAUGUCACCUGUUACGGACAUCGAUACAAGUGGUAUCCACUCCUUAGAAGACUUAUACAAAUCUCUCCAGAAGAGAGAUAUCCAGCUGAUUCUUGCGAAUCCUGGACCGUUGGUGAUAGGCAAGCUACACUUGUCGCACUUUGCUGACAUGUUAGGACAAGACAAUAUAUUUUUGACGGUGGCUGACGCUGUUGAAUCUUGCUGUCCAAAGAUCUCCGACGAAGUCUGAAGUCCGAAGAAAAAAAAAAGAAAAUGAAGAUAAUGACGAAAAUCGAAGUAUAUUCAAAACCAAAUGAUGAAGUGUAAAUUUGUUAAGUGUAAAGUUGAUCUCUAAGUCCCACCUUAGCAUCUUGUUGUUCAAUUUUAUAAAUGAGUAUAGAUUUACUGAAUUUCCA